UUUUAUUAUUGUGUCAGGAGGAGACGUAUACAAAUCCCUUGAAAAUGGCCUCAGCCCAUAUGUGAUAGUCAAGAAAACCUUUGUCAGCCCGGAAGACGUAGCUCAAGAUAUUGUUGUUCAGAGAGGCAGUUCAAGGGGUAUACAUUUUAGAGGUGCAGGGCCUAGAGAAAAGUGGAUCAAGACUCAAGCAGGCUAUCGAUCUCCAAAACAAUGUUUGCUAUUUGGUUCUAGUUGGAAUAGUGGGCUGAAGCAAGAAGAUGGAGCCUUCAUAGAUAACAAGUUUUACGGCGGCCCUAAUUUUCUGUCAUACAUGAAUGAACUUGAGGCUUUGGGGGUAGUGGUUGAGGCGAAAAAUGGAUGCUCCUUGGUUGCUGAUUACCUUGAUGUGCACUCUAAUCGUUCCGCUAUCAAUCGGAUAUAUACUUACUUGAACGAUAACAGUUGGGUUCCUGGCAGUGAUGUAAGUGCAAAGAUAUGGAUUCCCAAUGGGGAGAAUAGUGGAAAGUGGGUGAGUCCUAAGGAUUGUGUUCUCCAUGAUAAAACCAAUCUUUUUGGUUCACACUUGUUUGUCUUAGACAAGUAUUACAGCAAUGAAUUGCAGUUUUUCUUCAGCAAAUUGGGAGCUAAUAGCAAUCCUAGUCUGGAACACUACUUGAAGCUUUGGAAGGAAUGGGAGUGUGCAGAGAGGAGAUUACUGCCUUCUGAGUGCUGUGCCUUUUGGGAGUUCAUAGUUAACCAUUGGAGCUCAAAGACACAGAAACUUGUUGUAGAGAAUCUAUCCAAACUUCCUGUUUGUUCAGUCCAGGAUGAUGGGAUUUUGUUGCUUGACAAAAACGACGUUUUUAUAGCCGACGAUCUCUACAAGAAGGAACUUUUUGAACAAAGCUGUGUGGAUCCUCUGUUUAUUUGGUUCCCCCAGCCAAGCCUGCCAUCCCUGCCCAGAACCAAGCUUUUCAAUAUCUACAGAGAAAUUGGUGUUGGGGCUUUGUCAGAAUCUGCCCAGAAUAUGGGACUUUCUUCAAUCGAGUGUGCCGGGCUGGAACUGGUCCAUCCGGAUAUGGUCUUCAUUGGGAAAACCAUGUUCACUCUCAUUCUUGGUUUCCUAGCUCAGCCUUCUCUGGAGAUGGAAGCGGAGAAGAGGCAUGAGUCGGUGUGGCGGCUCUUGAACACCAGCUUUCUGAAGCUGAAAGAACCCAUUGCUGUGGACUAUAGGCUAUCACUCUCGUCUGGAAAAACUGUAUUUGCUAAGGCAAGGAGAAUGAUGGUGUGGGAGAGAGAGAGGUCCAAGUUCUUCAUUGCAGAGACUGAAAAAUGGGAUGGUUACAAAAGUGUCCUGGAAUUUGCUAGUUAUUACUCAGAAGAAGUUUCCAAGGGGAUAUUAUGGGAGAAAGAAGAUGCGGUGCGUGAGCUUGGUGAACUCAUCAGGUUGGGGUGCAUCGUCAAGUUUGAUAAAGUAGCUAUCAGCUUCCUGAUGAAGCUACACAACCUUCAGGUUUUUAAGGAAGAUGAACUGUUUUUGUCUUCUGUUUUUCCUGCUCAGUAGAUUGUUGAUUUCGCACUGGUAGUUUGCAAUGGUGGUGGG